UUCCAGAGCCCAUCCAUGCCAGUUUCUCAUCCAGGGCAGUUUCUGGCAUGCUUUUACUCAUCUCUCUCUCUCUGUUUGCCCCUCUCUGUGCAGCUCUCCGUGAACAGCAAGCCCCCCAGCUCUGAGGGGCAGGGGGACAAGAAGGACAAUGCCACAGCCCCCCCGGCGCCCCCGUCCUACGAGGAGGCCGCAGCAGCCCCAGCUAUGGCAGCGGAGGGUACCCGGGGGACACGGAGCUGCUCACCACCUUCAGCUGGGAUGACCGCAACGUGCGCAGGGUGUUCAUCAGGAAGGUGUAUGCCAUCCUGAUGGUCCAGCUCCUGGUCACCGUGGUCAUCGUGGCUUUCUUCACCUUCUGUGAACCAGUCAAGGGCUACAUCCAGACCCACUCUGCCUGGUACUGGGCUUCCUACGCCGUUUUCUUCGUCACCUACCUGAUCCUCGCCUGCUGCUCUGGGCCCAGGGGCUGGGCACAGCGCAGGGGUGGCAUCUGGGGCUCCCCUGGUGCAGCCCCUGGUACAGAACCCCCUCCCUCCCUCCUUCCCUCCCCUCUGCAGUUCGACUUCACCUCGUACCAGGGCGUUCUCUUCGUGCUGCUCAUGGUGCUGUUCCUGGGGGGGCUGGUCCUGGCUGUCAUCCUGCCCUACCAAUACGUCCCGUGGCUCCACGCGAUCUACGCUCUGCUCGGAGCUGGGAUCUUCACCAUGUUCCUGGCCCUGGACACGCAGAUGCUGAUGGGAAACCGCCGCUACUCGCUGAGCCCCGAGGAAUACAUCUUUGGAGCCCUCAACAUCUACCUGGACAUCAUCUACAUCUUCUCCUUCUUCCUGCAGUUCUUUGGCUCCAGCCAGGAGUGAGGGCAGCGGGGCAGGAUGCUCCCCGUGCUGGCAGAUGUGAGGGGUUAGAUGGAAAAGCAGAGGUGAAAGGGUUCAA